CUAUGACGACGCACUCACCUAAACUAGGUGUGGUGUUGCUUCUAUUUAUGAACGUCGAAGUUUCUUUGCUUGCGUCGUUCUCAAACAGCAGAAAUUCAAAAGCCUCUGAGGACUGAAAAAUGUCUUCAAAGCCCUACGGGAGUCCACCUCCCUACCAGUCAGAGCAUGAAUUUGAUGAGCAACCUCAGCCGGCCUACUCCUUCUACGCAGACGAUGAAUUCCAGCACUUCUACCGCUGGGCGUCUCCUCCUGGAAUCAUCAAGAUCAUGGCCAUCAUUGUUGUUGUACUGAGUGUGGGUGUUUUCGCAUGCGUGGCCUCUACACUCGCCUAUGACUCCCAGGGAGCGCUUGGCGGGUUUGGUGGUGGUAUCGGGGGAGGUGGUAGUUAUGGGGGAGGAGGUGGUUAUGGGGGAGGAGGUUACAGCAGCUUUGGCGGUGGAGGAUAUGGAGCUAGCAACGGUUAUGGGUAUGGUUCUCUCGGAGGGAACUAUAAUGAUCCACGGUCAGGCAAAGGCUUUAUGAUCGCCAUAGCGGCCUUCACAUUCAUCGCAGCCUUGGCCUUCUUCAUCAUCAUAGUGUCCCGGCAGAACCUGUCAGAGUCCAGAAGGUUCUACCUGUCUGUGGUGAUUGUGUGUGCCAUCCUGGCUCUGCUGAUGUUCAUAGCCACUAUAGUGUACCUGGUGGCCGUUAACCCCAUGGCCCAGUCAUCUAACUCUGUCUACGGGGCCCAAAUUGCUGGCCUGUGUGCCCAGUACCAGCAACCACAGUCAAACGCGAUGUUUGUCAACCAGUACCUCUACCACUACUGUGUUGUGGAACCACAAGAGGCGAUUGCUGUGGUGUUUGGGUUCCUAAUUACAGCCGCUCUGAUCAUCAUGAUGGUGUUUGGUCUGAAGACUCGUCAGAAGAUCCGAAACUUCGGCAAGGAGAACAUCCUCUGGAAGAGAGUUAAGGUCAUCAAUGAGGACGCCCCGCCCCAGGACGUGGAGGCUUGGGUGAACAAUGUGUCAGGUGUUCCUGAUGAGGGCAUAGUGGCUGACUUCCCUAUGAAGUUUGGGGGUUCCAGGAGCCAACUGGAUGACAACAGCACAGACUACGACAAACCACCCAUCAGUCCUGAGCCCCCUGUAGAGUAUCUCAUGCCUUCACGCAGCAGCGCCCCCUACAGCAGUAGCUCAGAAUUGGCCAGCUCGGCGGGGAGGCCCAAAAAGAGGCGGGCUAGACGACCUCGCCGCGCCAAUGGACAGGAGCCCGACACAGACUAUGCCUCAUCCGGAGAUGAGCUGGAUGACAAUGACUUUGACAGUGAGUUCCCACCCAUAACCAGUGAGCAGGAACGCAUCGACUACAAGCACGAGUUUGACCGGGACCACCAGGAGUACAAGGACCUGCAAGCAGACCUGGACGUCAUCAAUAAGAACCUGUCAGACGUGGACCGAGAACUUGAUGACCUGCAGGAAGGCAGCCCCCAGUUCCUGGAUGCCAUGGAUGAGUACAACAGACUGAAAGACUUAAAAAGGUCGGCAGAUUACCAGAUGAAGAAGCGUCGAUGUAAGUACCUGAAGGCCAAGCUCUCCCACAUCAAGAGGAUGGUGAGCGACUACAGUCGUGGGGCCUGAAAGACAUCGCUUCAUCCAAGGUCAUCCCUUGCCACACUCCCUGUUGAAUCAUCUUGGAGGAUUCAUUUGCAGCAAGAGAGCCUGCCAAUCAAGCACUGUAUACUAAACGGAUUCUGGAUAAACUAUUCCAUUCUGAAAAGCUAUCCCAUUCUGAAAAGCUAUCCCUGUCCUUCUGAAGCCAUGACUGGUGAGAUUUCUGCAUGAUGGUUUUAGGAAUGGAAAUAAUUGUAUGUUUUGUGUAUUAUGCCACUGUUUUUGUAUUCUUUUUUUAAAACUCAGACAUUAGGUAAUAGUUGACCCUUUUCUUCUAUGCAUACUAACUGUAUUUAUUUAGUCUCUUCCUCUGUAAUUUGUCUGAAUCUUUUGAGUGAAUCAUAAGUGCCAGACUCAGUAUGACUUGGAUCCUGAGUUGUUUUAACUAUCACUAACAUAUCUUACGGAUAAGGAAUAAGUCCUUGUUUCUUGUUUGUAUUCUACAAUACGUUUUUACUUUUAAGCAUAAUGGAUUGACAGUUGUAAAUAUGUGAAUAUGCUGUGAUGUUGGUCUGUUUGUGUAAGUUUUGUCGUCGCCUAUAAAUUCUGGCGAAUUCUACAAUACAAAAUAGCCCAUCAAAUGUUUUUAAAUGAAUUUGAUUGUAUGUGUGUAAUGUUAUUUCUUUUAUAGAAUAAAGAGAAUACAACUUUU